CCUCCACCAUAACAGAUCUGUCUCUUGCCUCACGACGAGCAUACGGACGGCACACAUAUUGAGACCGCCACUACCACCACCACAUCUACUACUACCAGUGUCGGCCACGGCAACAGCAUCUCCUCUUCGCAACCGGCUGCUGCCCUCACGUCCAGACCACCGCCGCCGCCCACUCCAGCUGCAGCUACGACGUCAUUCCCGCAGCGCCCCGCCGCCGCCGCCGCCGUCGCACGAGCCGCAUCACCACCACCACCACCAACCUCACGACUCGAGCUGCUGCCGCCGCCGCCACCGGCUUGCAGCAAUCAUGGCCGCCUCAAACAAGGACAAAAUCGACCUCUCGUCCCUCGCUCCCCCCUCCUCCUCCACCACCGAUGCCGACGCAGCCGCCGCCCCCUCCCACGAGUCCAAGAUCCUCGACGUCCUCGGCGCGGCCGUCAACGGCUCGGCCCCCACAGAGCUUUCCGCCGAGGCCACGGCCGGCGAGGUCGACAAGCUGUAUGUGGCCGCUACGGCGGCGGGCGGCAGCAACGCCGAGGACUUUCUCUGGGCGUGGUGGUCGCUGCUCGUCGGCGUCGUCAAGCUGAUCCCCGCCGACGACGCCCGCAUGCAGCUCCUCGUGUCCGUCGUUGGCCGCCUCAAGGCCCGGCGCGAUGACGAGGUCGAGAUGUGGGGGCAGAAGACGCGCGUGUGGUCGGAGCUGCCUAUGCUGGGGCCUAACAUGCGAGACGCUUGGAAUAUGCGCCCCAUGUUCGACGGCUCCGAUCGCGACAACGAGGCCAUCCGGGAGUGGAUCUCGCUCAACUCGUUCGCUGCGCGCAUGUUCGGCGCCAAGCUGCAGAGCUGGGACAAUUUCGCCAUCUGGGAGCUGCGGUCCGGGCUCGAGGAGCCGCCGCUGAGCACGCCGAGCGCCAAGGAGACGAGCCUCGCCACGGCGUGCGAGUGGUUCACGCACGCCGGCGAGGAGCUGCACCGGCAGGGCCGCGGGCGCGGACGCCAGCUCGAGGCCAUGGAGGAGCGCGCGCUCAAGCCCGGCCAGCUGUUCUCGAGCGGCAGGCCCGGGCUGAGCGACGAGCGCUGGCGCUUCUGGAGGGAGAGGAUCGGCGUGCUGGCUGGCACCGCCGGCAGCGGGCAGCUCAAGGAGAGAGCGCAGGCGGUGCUGGACAAGAUGAAGGACCUUGAGGAAGGGUCUGCGUGAGUACCGGCGCGGGAGGCAACGUGUCCGUGAUGAUGCUCAGGGUUCUACAACGCGGACAUAUGUGUGGAGAACUGGCACGGAGAACACAUAGAGACACGAGUACACUAGAAAAAGUGUAGAUUCAAACCAGAAGCACCUGAUGUGACGGAUGGUAUAUGAAUGAUGAUGCGUUGC